CGCGGCACGAUUCCUAGCCAAGUGGACGAUGUCAGUUUCUCGUAUAAAGGAAUUUAUGACAUUUUUAGAAUUUUACAACAUGCUUUAAAUAUAAUAGUUUGUUCGAAUAGAGCAGUAUGCAUGUCACGGAAUUGUGUUGAAUGCCCUAACGUUACAUAGGGGGGGAAAAAACGUGUUGGAAGUCCUAGCUAGCUAGUUAACGUUACUCGGACGGAGGCUAGCUGAAACGACCACCAUGAGAGACAACGAGAAGACGUGGAAAGUUUACUCCGAACCAAAGAUAACAGAGGUGUGAUAAUAUUGCAGUACCACGAUACACCGGGGGACUUGGUGUCUGGGUAUGUCACAUGAGUAACUCCACAGAGUUCCGAGCCACGCCUCGGGAGGAGAGAGAACUGUCAACCAGGCAGCAGAGACAUGACGUGGUUCUUUCAUCCGACAGAAUGGUCACUGCUCUAUUUGGCUGCUGUGAGGGAGGCCAGUGCUGUUACUGGUGAGUAUUGAGACUUCUCCACCCCAGAAAGACAGACGGACGGAGUUCCCCUGCCCAGUGCCCCUGUUCUCCUUUUCAUGGAUGCCAGGCUGGCCCUGCUGCAGCUUGGGACUCUCCUGGUCCUCCUGUCCGCAGCAUUGGAGUCGACUGCUAAGCUGACUGCUGGCGAGGAGGUCUACACUAACACCUGGGCGGUCCACAUAGAGGGGGGACCGCAGGAGGCUGACCGAAUUGCCAGGAAACACGGCUUCAUCAACCAUGGCAAUGUGUUUGGGGAUUAUUAUCACUUCCGUCAUCACACCGUAGUGAAGAAAUCCCUAUCAGGCCACAGGGGAACACAUGUCCGACUGCAGAAGGAACCACGGGUGCGUUGGGUGGAGCAGCAGGUGUCGAGGAGAAGGAAAAAGAGGGAUGACUACAACGAACCAUCCGACCCCAAAUUCCCCCAGCAGUGGUACCUGGUGAGCAAGUCCAACCCCAGCGAAGCAGACCUAAAUGCCAGGGGAGCGUGGUCCCAGGGGUACACUGGGAGAGGAGUGGUGGUCACCAUCCUGGAUGACGGCAUAGAGAAAGACCACCCAGACCUUGCCUCCAACUACGACCCUGAUGCCAGCUAUGAUGUUAAUGAUGGAGACUCUGAUCCCCAGCCACGCUACACACAGCGCAACGAGAACAGACAUGGAACACGGUGUGCUGGUGAGGUUGCUGCGGCCGCCAACAACGAUGUUUGUGGGGUGGGCGUGGCCUACAACGCCAAAAUUGGAGGUGUGCGUAUGCUGGAUGGAGAGGUGACAGAUGUGGUAGAGGCCCACUCCCUCAGCCUCAACUCGCAGCACAUCCACAUCUACAGCGCCAGCUGGGGCCCAGAGGAUGAUGGGAAGACGGUAGACGGCCCCGCCAAGCUGGCCAAGGAGGCAUUCCUCCGAGGAGUCACUGAGGGCCGCGGCGGGCUGGGCUCCAUCUUUGUGUGGGCGUCGGGGAACGGUGGUCGUGAGAAGGACAGCUGUAACUGUGAUGGUUACACCAACAGCAUCUACACCCUGUCCAUCAGCAGCACCACCCAGUAUGGCAUGGUGCCCUGGUACAGCGAGGCCUGCUCCUCCACCCUCGCCACCACCUUCAGCUCUGGGAACCCUAACGAGAAACAGAUAGUGACCACAGACCUGAGACAGAAGUGUACAGACACCCACACGGGGACGUCAGCAUCGGCCCCGCUGGCUGCUGGGAUCAUCGCCCUGGCUCUGGAGGCCAAUAUGAACCUGACGUGGCGGGACAUGCAGCACUUGGUGGUGAGAACCUCUCACCCCGCCCACCUCAGCACUGACGACUGGAGGACCAAUGGAGUGGGCCGCAAAGUGAGUCAUUCGUAUGGGUAUGGUCUGCUGAAUGCGGGGGCCAUGGUGGCCCUGGCCCAGAACUGGACCAGCGUGGGCCCACAGCACCAGUGUGUCCUCACCAUGCUCUCAGAGCCGAGGGACAUAGGUAGCCGGCUGCUGUUCAGUAAGACAUUGGAUUCCUGCUGGGGCAGACCAGAGUAUGUCAACUCUCUGGAGCAUGUCCAGGCCCGCCUCACUCUCUCCUACAACCACAGAGGAAACCUGGCUAUACACCUCAUCAGCCCCCUAGGGACACGCUCUACCCUGCUGGCUCCCAGGCCUAAAGACUAUUCGCCAGAGGGAUUUAUUGACUGGGCCUUCAUGACCACCCACAUGUGGGACGAGGACCCUCGAGGGGAGUGGACCCUGGAGAUAGAGAACGUCUCAGAACAAGGACACGACUAUGGUGUGUUGAGUCAGUUUACUCUAAUCCUGUACGGUACGGGCUCCAGCUCCAAUAACCCCUCGUCUCCUGACUUCCCCCGGCCUUCCAACAACAGCUGCAAGACCUUCGACACCCAGCAGAUCUGCAUCGAGUGUAGCCUAGGCUUCUCCCUGUUCCUGCAGGGUUGUGUGAAGCUCUGCCCACCCGGCUUCACCACGGGCCCCCAGCUCCUCAACAUGUCCCUGGACAACUGGGUGGACUUGUCCUCCGUCCAGUCCUGCCUGCCAUGCCACCCUGCUUGCCUCACCUGUUCCGGCCCCGGGCCCAGCGAUUGCCUCUCUUGCCCCCCUCACAGCCACCUGGUCCUCACCGCCUGCCUGCACCAGAACCAGGUCCAGCGCAAGUCCCCCACUGGCCCCGACCUCCAGGGAGAUGUGGGUGGACCAGGGGAAAGCCCAGUGGGGUUAGAGCAGGGGGGAGGUGGGGGAGUGGGGGAGCCUCCAGGAUCUAGCCUGGCCCUGUCCUCCCCUCUGGCCACCCUCCUGGCGGUGCUCAGCUGUGCCUUCAUCCUGGCAGCCUUUGCCGGGGUCUUCCUUAUGCUGCAGCUGCGCUCUGGUGGCGCCCCCUGGGUCCGGAUGACCAAACUGCACUCUGUGGAGACGGGAGGAUGGGCCUCGGGGGGCUUCGGCCUGGGGCUGGGCUGGGAGAGGCAGGGCAGGGUAUCCUAUAAGGGGAUCCCCACCGUGUGGGGUGACGAGGACCAGGUAACACUGGGGGGCUCUGAUUCUGACAGUGAAGAGCUGAACUGCCACAGUGAGAGGACAGCCUUUAUCAGGACACAGAGCUCUCUCUAGCCCCCUCUCUGACCCCUACAUCUGGAGGAAACUCUCUUCAGAGGGUUUGGUCUCUCCAGCCCCUCCCUCUGCUAGAGCUCAUGGGUCUGUAGUGUGAGUCUGUUUCAGGCAUUGUCCCUGGCUGAUACACAGAGAUUCUGAUCCAGGAAUGUAAUGGCUCAGCCCAGCAAGCACCUCUUGGUCCACCACCUCUUGAUUCACCCUCAAGCAUUAAUCAAUUGAAAAUGUUUUUGUUUUAUAAUGACUAUAUAUAUUAUUUUUGUUUUAUUUUUAUUUUAUUUGUUGCUUUUAAACACUUGAAUAAGAUUAUUUGCCCUGGCCCAAGGGUCUAGGUAAAGGUAAAGUACACUUUUCACUAUUGUUUCCCAUUGACCUUUAGUUUAUUGUAGAAAGGCCGAUUUCUGUAUUUUGAAAGCAUAUCUUGAAAACUUGAUUGCUGUGACAUGCAAAACAUUUUGGGACUAUAUCAACAAUGGACUAAUGAAACAAAAGAUAGUUUUUGGGUGGAGUUUUCCUUUAAGCAGACAUCGGAAGAGAUGUCCGUAUGUAUUAGUAUACGUGUGCCUGUGUGACAGUGACUUUGUAGACAAGAACUGAAUAGCCUCCCAACACAGUUUCUGAUUGGAUGAAGACCACAACAGGGUUUUAUUUAAUGUACGAGAGAGAAAGUUUGCAGAUUUGGGCACUGAUAAAUGCCUACAUUUGAACGCAGUGGCUGUACAGUAACAUGCUAUACAUGACGUCAGACCUCAAGCUCUGCGCUUCACAGCGCUGUAUGGGUUUCGACUGACAGCCGUUCUGCACUUGAACACCGCACGCGAUAUGAAGUUGCCCCAAUCUUGCUCACUAAUUGGGCAACUUCUUUUGUUGACUGAGUGAGGGAAAGCUGUAAAUAUAAUGAGACUAUGUAUUUUGAAAGAUGAGACGUUGAGGAUUAUAACUAAAUACUGUUUUGAUGUCAUACAAGCAAGCCAAACACCCAUGAGUCCAAAUGUGUACUUCACAUUUCCGUAUAUGAUCUAUAUUUAAGGUACAGUUACAAGAUCACAUGGCGUCAUACCCUGGGUUAUUCUGAACAGAACGUGCAUAUGUUUGUCUACUGUGAAGAAAAUUUGACGCAGCACACGCACCUGAAUGCACUCAUGACUCCUUUCUAUGCGCACCAAAAUUACGAUUUGUUUCCCUGAAUUGCAUUUUGAAAGCCUAACACUGUAAUAUCGUGUUUU